AUGAUUACAACAAAAGCAGAUAAACUCUUAAAAAGGUUAAUUGAUGCAGGUUUAUCAUUAACAGAUUUUACUAUAUUAGCAAUAAAAAUUAUGCGUAUUCAGCGAGAUUUUAAAACAGAUAAUGAAGAUCGACGUCAACGAGAUUAUUUACGUCAACAAAAUAAAUUACGUGAACAAUAUCAUAUUGAACAACAACUUAAAGAAGAAGAACAACGUAAAAUAAAAGGUCUUGUAAAAUUACGAGAAUUAGGUUAUGUAACGGGUGAUGAUACAUCUCAAAUGCCAAAUAAUAAUACAACAGAUAGUAUUGAUCAAUAUUCAAUAAAUCAUAUUGGAAAUAAAGAUACUAAUAAAACAAAAACUGAUCAAUUAUUAUUGCCAUAUUCAAAAGAAAUAAAUGACAUGAAACAAAGACAACGUGAUUGUUGUUUAACAUUUAAUAUUGAUUAUGAUCUUCGAUUACAUCAACAAGCUCUUGAACGAGCUUGUAGAAGAGCUAAACGAAAUAUUUAUGAGCUUCGGGCUGAACGUUUUAAUCGUCCUGAAUAUCGAUCUCUUUUGUCAGUUGAAACAACAACAUCUCAUAGUAAAUUGAAACAAGCAAUACGUGAAAUAAAUAAAAUGUUUAUUGAUACUAAAUCAAAUCAAGAUAAAAGACAUUUACAAGAAUUAUUAACAUAUAUUAAUCAAUUUGAAGGUGAUAUUGAUUUAUUGAUGUGUCAAAUGCAAUAUGAACCAAGAGUAAAAGAAACCAUUUUAUUUUCAUCAGUUACGAAUGAUAUACUUGAUCGAAUGAAUCUUAUUCUCUAUUGUGCACGUACAUUAUCAGAAAAAAUUUCAAAUGAUGAUAAUAUAGAUGAAAUAAAUGAAAAUAUUUCAAAAGAAAUUAAUAAUGAUUUAUUAAAUAUUCCAACUAAAAUAACUUAUAUAAUAAAAAUAAAAACAAAUAAUGAUAUAAGUUCAUCAUUAUCAAAUGAUAUACAAGUAAAAAUUAAAUUAUAUGGUACAUAUAAUAAAACAUCAGAUAUAAUACUUACAGAAUCAACUAAUAAAAAUAAAUGGCAAUCAGGACAAAUUGAUUUAUUUAAUAUUGAAUUAAAUUAUUUAGGUGAUAUAUAUGCUAUUGAAAUAUGGCAUGAUAAUCAAUAUUCAUCAUGGAAAGUUGAUUGGAUUGAAAUAAUGGAUGAUGCUGCAAAUAUAUAUCGUUUUCCUUUAAAUCGUUUAUUUGAUAAAUAUUCUAAUGAGAAAAAAACUCAUUUUAUUAUUCAACGUGAUAUUGGUCCUGUCAAUCAUUUACCAUCAAAACCUUUUAAACAAAUAAAACCAUAUAAAAAAAUUGGUUUUUCAACAUAUACCAUACAAGUUAAAACAGGAAAACAACCAAAUAAAGUUACAGAUUCAUCAAUAUUUAUACAACUGAAAGGUGAAAAUGGAAGUUUUGCUGAUAAUUUAUCUAGUGCAAAUUCAGCUUUUAAAAAUUCUGUAUUUGAACCUGAUCAAUUAGAUACAUUUUAUUUUAUUUGGCCAUAUUUAGCAAAAAUAAAUUCUUUACAAUUACUUGUUCAAUCUGAUGGUAUACAACCAUUAUGGUUUUGUGAAUAUAUUAUUGUUCAAGAUGAUCAAACAGAUAAUCAAUAUAAAUUUAUAAUUAAUCAAUUAUUUGAUGGUUCAAAUCCGGAUAAUCGAAAUUUAAUAAGACAUUUAACUGUAUAUCCAGAAAAUACAAAUCAAAUAGAUACUAAUAAAGAAAAAGAAAAACCUGGUUAUUUAAUAAAACUUAAAACUGGUGAAAAAGGUUUAUCGAAUAUGUCAACAUUACCACCGAUUAAUAUAAUCUUGAAAGGUGAAAAAGGAACAUCUGAACCAUAUACAUUAAAAUCAUUAGAUAAUAAAAGAAUAUUAUUUCAAGAGAAUCAAACAGAUGAAUUUCUACUUUCAUCAAAAUAUUAUGUUGGUCCAAUAAAAUCUUUACAAUUAUCAGCAACUGGUGAAAUUGAUAAAUGGUUUAUUGAAACAAUUAUUAUACGAGAUAUUACACAAGGACAAGAUUAUAUUUUCUCAAUAUAUAAAUGGAUUAAUACAGAAGAUGGAAAAAAUAAUUUAAAUGUUCAACCGAUUAAUGAACGAAAAGCAGAUUAUAUAAUUUAUACUCGAACAAUAGCAAGUGAAUUAAAAGGACCUGAUCGAGCAAUAAAAUUAUUUGUUCAAGGAAAUAAAGGCAAACAAGAAAUUGAAUUAAAUAAUCCAAUAACAAUGUAUAAUACAUUUCAACCUGGACAUAAAGAUCAAUAUUAUAUUGAAAAUAUGAAAUCAUUAGGUGAUUUACAAUCAAUUGAAGUUGAUAUAACACAUCCAAAUAUUCAUAAGCUUGGACUUGAUUAUAUUGAAAUCAAUGAUUUAAAAACUAAUGAUUCAUAUAGAUUCAACAUCAAUCGUAUGCUCGAUUCCAAAAGUCCAAAAAUGAUUGCAAAAGCUGAACCAAUUCCACGAUUCAUUAAAAAUACAACAUCAACAAAAAUGAGUCACAAUCGACUUUCAUUACCUAAUAUUCCAAGUACGAUAUCAGCUAAGAAAAAUUUUGAUCAAAUAAUAAUGGAUAUGCCUCAAGGAGCUAAACCAUCAAUAAAUAAUAAUUUUACAGUUUCAAUCAAAACCGGUGAUUCAAGUUUAAUGGGUACAGAUUCUAAAGUUCAAUUACAAUUAUAUGGAGAUAAAGGCAUAUCACAAAAGAUUGAUCUCAAUCAAUCUGAAAUAAAUUCAAAGAAUUUAUUUGAAAAAGAUAAUUAUGAUACAUUUUCUUUAAAUAUUCCUGAUAUUGGAAAUUUAAAAUCAGCGACUCUUUCUAUUGAUGGAAAACUCAAAACUGAAUGGUCAAUAUCAACAUUUGAAAUUAUUGAAGCAAAUUCAAAAAAAAAUUAUAAAGCUAAUAUAAAUAAAAAAUUAAGUAAUCUAAAUAAUGAAUUAAUAAUUCAUUUAAAUGAGUAUUCAACUAAUUUUAUUCAUCAUAUGAAUAAAUCUUUAAUAAAUAAUUUAGAAGAAAAUUUUUAUAAAAUAAAUAUAAAAAUCAAUAAGAAUGAAUUUCUUAAUCAAGAUAUUUCACUUCAAAUUGAAUUAAUUGAUGAAUAUGAACAAUCAGAAAAGAUCAUACUUAAUCAAAUAGAUAAUAAUCAAAUUCAUACAUUUACUAUUGAUUCAAUAAAAGAUCUUGAAAAAUUAAAGAAUAUCAAACUUUCAUUAAUUGGAUCGAAUUUAAAUAAAGAUACUUUAUAUCAACCAGAAUUUAUUGAAAUAUUUCAUUCGAAAAGCAAUAAAACCUAUCGUGUCGAAUAUACUGAAGAUGAUGUUCUUAAUUCUAAUAAAAAUGAAUUAAUUAAAUCCAUACAAUGUCUUUCUGAUAUAAAUAUGCGCGAGACAACACAACCACAAGGAACAAUUCCAUCAACAAUAAUAAAUUCUACAAAUCAAUCAAUGAUAUCACCAUAUGAAAAAUUACCUGAAAAUAUUCUCUCAGAAAAUGAUGAAGAAGAUUCCUUCGUACUAAAUGAUACAAAUCCUUCAUUAAAUUCUCAAAAUCUUGUUCAAGAAAUAAAUUCAUUAUCAGAAAAAUUAACAAAUAGUUCAAGUAGACAAAUUCGUCCAGGUGAUCGUGUUAAAACUAAAAAGAAAAAGAAAUUUAUUGAUCAUCAAACAAUAUCAUCGUCAUAUGAAUCGAAUUCAUAUCGUCGAUCAAUUGAAACCAUUCAAGAAUAUCGAAAUCGAACUAAACCAAUACAAUUAAUUAAUAAUAGACAAAAUUCACAAACAAAAUUUGAUCAACAACAAACAAGUCUUCUUAGAAACAGACUUCAUGAUGAAAAUCAAAAGAUUAAUCGUCAAUUAUCCCAACAUAAGAAUAUGAAUUCCCGUGAAAAUUUAUUACCAAAUAAAAUUUCAUCACGUUCAUUAAAACAACAAAAAAUAAUAAAGAAAAAUAAGAUAUCUAAUCAUUUAUCACUAUCAAAAUUAUCGUCAAACACUCAACAAUAUUUAAAUCAAUUACAAACAAAAAUGAUGGAUGUCAAAAUUCGAUCAAAUUCUAAUAUAUUUGACAAAAGUCAAAGCAAAAGAAAAGGAAAUAGAAAUUUACAUGCACAGCAAUUAUCAAUCAAUAAAAAACUAAAUAAUAAUCGUUAUAAUUAUGAAAAGUAA